AUGAGUUGCCGUUUGGCGAAAAGCUAUGGUUUUGUCAAAUUGUUGUUGAUGAAACCGGCGACUAAUAAUAAUGGGCGUCUGCGUUUUCCUCAAUUUCUGCGUUUUCCGGCUGAUGGGUUCUCUCUUGCGUUUCACAGUUGCUCCACGACGGUGAACAGAUCCAUGUCCGCUUCUUCCUCCACAAAUCCGAUCGCCGGCGAGGAAGCAAACGCCGUUACAAUGUUUAAAGCUGUUGAAGAUAAGUACGGUGGUGUCAUGACGGAGAUGAACCAUCCCAUGGAUCCUUCUCUCUUCUCGACACUUUUACGAACCUCUCUCUCUAACUGGACUCUUCAGGGAAAGAAGGGAGUGUGGAUCAAAUUGCCGAUACAUCUUAUCGGUCUUGCUGAAACUGCUGUUAAGGAGGGAUUCUGGUUCCAUCAUGCUGAGAAAAACUACUUGAUGCUUGUGUAUUGGAUUCCAAAAGGAGACCAUACGCUUCCUGCCAAUGCAUCUCACCGUGUUGGCAUAGGUGCAUUUGUCAUUAACCACAACAAAGAGAUUCUGGUGGUUCAAGAAAAGACAGGAAGAUUUCAAGGCCAAGGUAUCUGGAAGUUCCCCACCGGAGUAGUGAAUGAGGGUGAAGACAUCUUUGAUGGCUCGGUCAGAGAGGUGAAAGAAGAGACCGGAGUGGAUACAGAAUUCGUCCAAAUAUUGGCUUUCAGACAAACCCACAAAGCUUUCUUUGAGAAGUCAGACUUGUUCUUUGUGUGCAUGUUAAAGCCUCUUUCUUUGGAGAUCAAUGCACAGGAAUCAGAGAUAGAGGCAGCUCAGUGGAUGCCAUGGGAGGAAUACACGAAGCAACCAUUUGUACAGAAUCAUGAGCUAUUGAGGUAUAUGACAGAUAUUUGCUCUGCUAAAACCAGUGGUGAAUACGAAGGCUUCACUCCUCUCCGCGUCUCUGCACCUGAUCAACUAGGCAACUUGUACUUCAACACCCGCGAUCUCCAAUCCCGCCAUUAA